UACGCUUUUUUACCGACGUUUACUGACACCAGCCAUAUGCAACGGGUGUUGAGCGUUCGUAAAUUCAAUUAUUCUGCGCUUUGGCACACUCAGACGGACGCGAGAGUGCCCUGAAAACGGAGUAGUAACCAGAGUGAAUUUACGAACGCACCUCUAGGCUAAUCCCUACUACAGGAUAAUCCCAUAGAGCUGUACUGUUUUUGAUAAUCACAUUCUGACAAAAUGCUCUUUGCUAAACUCGGAUGUUAGCUAGACAGCCAUCUUUAUUAGCUAGCUAACGUUGAUUUAGAUAACUGUAACCCGGUCGGAAAUAGCUUGUUCUUAACGGUUAACGUUACUGGACAGAAACCCAGCUUCUUUGGAUAAUUGACCUAGCUACAGUAUCUAAUCAAUUGAAUUGUACACCAAUUUCUGAUGAGCAAAUACUCGCAUCAAGCCAAGAGAACAUCAUGGAGAUCAGCCUCAAUCGAGUUGAUUAUCUGCAGGUUGGUGUGACAUCUCAGAAAACCAUGAGGCUCCUCCCUGCCUUGGGACGCAAAGCAACCCAAAAGGUUGCUGUUGCUGAUCAUGAUGGUGUGGUAACUUGUUUUGGGAUGAAAAAAGGAGAAGCUGUGCCUGUGUUCAAGACCUUGCCAGGGCAGAAGAUAACCAGGCUGGACCUGGGUGGGGCUCUUGGAACCCCGCAGGAGAAGAUCUUUGUGUGUGCCGGCUCGGAAGUGAAGGGAUACACCAAGAAAGGCAAACAGUUCCUGUCCUUUGAGGCCAACCUUACAGAAAGCAUUAAUGCCAUGCACGUUUCAGGAGCAGACCUUUUUGUGUGUGCGAGUUACAUCUACAACCACUACUGUGACUGCAAGGACCAAGACUACUACCUGUCUGGAGACAAAAUCAAUGACAUUGUGUGUUUGUCUGCUGAGAACUUGGGCCGCGUUGUCCCUGUGUUGGCAUGUCAAGACAGAGUUCUCAGUGUUGCAGAGUUUGUGUUUUCUUGCCCAUAGGGAUCUGAGCUUUUGUAUGAUAUUGAAGUCCCUGGUCCUCCCUCAGUUUUGGAGCUGUACAAUAGAGAUGGAGGCAAGAAUGGCGAAGACAUUCUCUAUGGAACUGUGGAUGGAAAACUGGGACUGAUUAGGAUAACUGAUUCCUCUUCCUCUUCUAAAUGGGAGAUUGAUAAUGACAAAAAGAAAGGAGGUGUUUUGUGCAUUGACACGUUUGAUAUCCUGGGUGAUGGGGUGAAAGACAUCCUGGUUGGCAGGGACGAUGGGACAGUGAAGGUCUAUGCCAUUGACAGCUCCGACGAGCUGUCGUUGCGCUUUGAGCAUGUGUUGUCGGAGAGCGUCAACUCUAUUCAGGGUGGCUGUGUUGGGAAGGAGUCUUAUGACGAGGUUCUGACAGCCACGUAUACAGGGUGGGUGACAGGGCUAACUACAGAGCCCCAGCAGGCAGAGGCAGGCCCUGGAGAGGAAGUCAAAAUGAGUCGGGAGACCCAGAACAAAGUGGCAGCUCUCAGGGCAGAGCUAGACCAACUGCAGAUGAAGGUCCUUCAGGGCCGUGAGAAGUACCAGCAGACCUCCCAGUCCAGUACGGCCAUCUCUGCCAUGCCCGUGUUCAACGUCAACGACAAGUUCACCCUGUGUCAGGAUGACGCCAGCUACAGCCUCACUUUGGAAGUGCAGACGGCCAUUGACAAUCUGCUGCUGCAGAGUGACGUACCAAUUGAUCUGCUGGAUGUCGACAAGAACUCUGCUGUCGUGAGUUUCAGCGAAUGUGAUUCAGAGAAGCUAAAUGGCAAUUUUCUCCUCGCUAUGUACAGAUGCCAAGCAAAUACUACACGGCUUGAGCUGAAGGUGAGGUUCAUUGAGGGCCAGUAUGGCACCCUGCAGGCCUACAUCACGCCACGCCUGCAGCCCAAGACCUGCCAGGUACACCAGUACCUCAUCAAACCCCUGUCCCUUCACCAGAGAACUCACACCAUUGACCAGGACAGACCCAUGAACACUUUGAGUCUGGUUGGCCAAUUCAGCUUUGCAGAGAUCCACUCCUGGGUAGUCUUCUGCUUGCCAGAGGUCCCAGAGAAGACUCCAGCAGGGGAGAAUAUCACCUUCUACUUCCAGAACACUUUCCUUGGCACGCAGCUGGAAGCCACAUACUGGAAAGGGGAAGGCCACUUCAAGUCUGACAACAUUUCCACCAUCUCCAUACUGAAGGACGUCCUCUCCAAAGAAGCCACCAAAAGAAAAAACAAUCUCAACAUUUCUUAUGAUAUCAAUGACGUUUCAGUGGGCCACACACUCAAGAUGAUUCAUCCGAAGCUUGAGUAUCAGCUGCUCUUGGCCAAAAAGGUUCAGCUGAUUGACGCAUUAAAAGAUCUUCAGGUUCACGAGGGGAAUACGGACUCUGCCUAUCUGCUAGAGGAAUACAAGAAGCAACCAGCUCACCUAGAAAGACUUUAUGGUAUGGUAACUGACCUCUUCAUCGACAAAUUCAAAUUCAAAGGACAGAAUGUGAAGACAAAGGUGUCAUUGCUGCUGGAAAUUUUGGAUAACUACGAUUUGGAUUCUUUGAUGAAUUUCUUCAAUGAGGCAUAAUAUCAAAUUAGAGCAAAGAGGACACAAACUUUGACACCUAAUUUGUAAUAGCUUUUGUUCUGUAUAUAGAGUUUACAUUUCAGCUUUGUUUGUUUUUUGUAAGAUACUAGAAUCAAUUAUUGUACAUAUUAUGAAUUAUUUAUGUCAAUUGUCAACAACAUCUGAAUGUCUAAAGGCCUAUAUUCUGUUGGCCUAGCUAUAUAGUCUGUUGUAUGUUCUCUUUUAUAGGUUUGCACAUGAAAAUAUAAUUGUUCAUGUUUGACAGUUACAUUUCUAUUUCUAUUCAAGUGCCUUCGGAAAGUAUUCAGACCCCUUGACUUUUUCCACAUUUUUUUACGUUACAGCCUUAUUCUAAAAUGGUAAAUUAUUCCACGUUUUGUAACUGUUUGCAUUGUAGCUAAAACAUUUUAGAUUUCUAAGGUGGAUCAAAUAGAGGGGUUCAGAUUCCACGCCCCUUGUUAAUUCUUGUUCGACAAGUGACCUAGAGCUGGGACGAAAAUGGUGUGAACUUGAUUGAGAGGCCAAACAGAUCGUCGGAUCAUUUUAAUUUUGUUCACAAGUUUGAUUCUAAUAACAAAUGCAGCAAGUGAUGUUUGGUCAAUCUCUGCAGUGAGUUAUCGGAGUUUGCAGUAUGUUGUUAUCCAGCCAGCCGCUAGUGGUCACUAUAUACCUGUCUUGACGGAUCCACUAUCUUCUGGAGGACUUUAAAGGCUAGUGUACAUAUUUUCCAAGACGUUGAAAAAUCCGUAUUUUCCGGACGUCGAAAUCAUGCUCAUUUUUGGUUCUGAAUGAAAGUUGGAAAUACGUAUUUUCCAGACCUUGAAAAUAUGUAUUUUCCUGAUGUUGAAAUCAGGCUCAUUUUUGGUUUGAAUAUAAGUUGAAAAUACAUAAUUUAUAGAUGUCUAUGUUAGGGCCAAAUCAAGGCUGGUCCAGACCAGACAAAAUUUGAAUUUGGUUCAGAUUUGGACCGGACGAAAAACCAAUGUCCGUGGAUGUGGAAAUCAAGGCCAGUCCGGACUGCACCAAAAAAAAGAAGUCCAAAAGGCAUCGGCCCGUGCUUCCUGAGGUGUAGUCUGCAGUGUUGCCUCAAAUGUAAUUUUAUGAAUGCCCAUCCAUGUGGUAAGCCUACCGUUUGUAAAACACACACACAAAAAAAGAUGUCUGCUCGUUCUUACUGGGGUGUAGCCAACCACAUCAGCCUACAAUAGAAUUGUAUGAAUGCCCAUCCAUGUGCUAGGCCCACCAUUUGUAAAGCAGGCUGUUGCAUUGGCUUUAUUAGUCCUGAUUCCUGUUGGUAGAGCAUGGCGCUUGCAACGCCAGGGUUGUGGGUUCGUU